CGCAGAUCGAGUUCACUUGGCCACACUCGUACCAUAUUCUCUCAGCUGCACCAGGAAACUGCUUUGGUUGUGCAAAAGAAAGUGAGGAAAUAACGUCAACGGCGGCGGUGAAGACGCAGAGACGAAAGAGAUGCAGACCAAAGAUCUGGGUAACUCUCAGCCACAGCUGACCGUUGGGAAGAAGCGAUUUGUGUCGUUUCGGAGUUCUCAGCCUCCCAUUUCCCUUUUCCUGGAACAGAGAAAAAGUACGUACUUUCUCAGGGGCUUUCAUAAAUUAAUGUUCCAAUUGGACUAGCACGCAUUCGGUUAGGUCACUUUCGCAUCCAUAAGACCAGAAUCGUGCAUUUUGGUCUCGACAGCAAUGCAAGUCAACACGACCGCAAACCCCCCUCAGUGCGAGACUGGAUGAUUCAAUGCCAUCGGCAUUCCAUACCUUCAAACUUGUCGCAAUGGCGCCCGCAAAUAAUCGUCAACCCGCUCCGAUUCUGCCUCCAUCAACCCCAUCAAACAAUAAUAGUCCGCGUCCCUCGCCCACACAGCAGACCACAAACAACCAGCAACACGAGACCCCAACGUCGACACCUACUACCGAGACCCGUAUGAAUCCCCCUUCUCUCCCUCGGUCUCUGAUGACCCCUGCACGCGAAAUGCGCGAAAGUUCUGUCAUCUCUUCAGCUGGCAGUUCGGCGCGCAAGCCGCGACAGAACCUCGAUGAGAAGGACCAUAUGCUCAUGUUAAAACACUGCUACGAGCAAAGAGGCAAUUUCAAAGAGGGAACUAAGGCACAGUUUUGGACAGGGGUAAAUACGGCUUUCCAGAAGGAUACUGGCAAGGUACUGGCUCAGAUGAGCGCAACAGUCGGGAGAUUAGUAGAGUCAAGAAGACGUCAGAUUGCCGAUUGGGAGAAUGGAGUCAUUCCGCAGAAACCUGGGGGCGAAUUAAAUGAUAUGCUAGAUCAAUGGAUGGAAUUCUUGAAAACCGAAGACGGAGAAGCGGAGGCGGAGAGAAUGAGACAAGUGGACGCGAGGAGAAAGGUUGAAGAAGCUCGAAAAGAAGCCCGCAGACAAGCUAUUGCGGCUGAAGCUGCCGCUGCUGCUAGUGCUCCUGCUAUCCAACCCGGCCAUGUUCCAAUACAACAGCAACCUCCUCCCGCCAUGGCGCAAAUGGGACAGCCACCCCAGCACCAAUAUCCCCCACAGCAGCAACAUCCUCAAAAUCCCCCACCACCAUCACAAUAUCAGAGUGGAGAGAUGGUAGUAGCAAAUGGUGAAGAGCAAGAUAUGAAUGGCUAUCGUCCACACAAGCGGAAGAGACAAAACGAACGCGCUCUUACGCGGGACUUACAAGCGCAGAUCGAGCAACAGCAAUGGGAAGCCCAACAGUAUGCCAUGGCACAUCCACCUGAACCACCGAGAAGAGUUAUAGUCGAAGGAGCGUUGACGAAAGAGGAUUGGCGAGACAUCAUGGGCAACGAUGCACGAUUACGAGCGAUAGAGAACAAGGUUGACAAAAUCGAGCUGAUUGUGUCUCAGAACAACAAGCUAUUACUUCAAUUGGUACAGAACCAAAGCAAGGAGAGAGAUCGGAGUUCAGAGGAGGAGAGAGUGCCGGUUCAUCUUGAUGCUGAAUUCGAGCGAGAUUACUUGUGAGCCAAGCCAGCCCUCGAAACACCUUGUACGACAUACUGAGAAUUAUUGAGGUCUGGACGAUACUCGAAAACACCGCUACCUAUUCCUUGAGAAAGCUUUUGCGACUCAAGUCAAGCCCUGACGAAGACCAAGCCACUUCGAACCGAGUCGAAAACUGUUUGUGUUUAACUCCAUGUCCCGCUAAGAUCAUCAAGCGUCCACUAGAUUUUAUGUUCACAGCUUUUUCUCCUCUUUUCAUAUUGCUUUGCUUUUUUAACCUGCUCUCGUACGAGGAGAAAUAUAUAAUUGUGAGUGGCUGAGGGAAAGCAUGGCGUUAUAAUGGAUACGGAUGUAUUACCACUGGGAUGGCAUUUCCUC